CUUAUUCUCCUCUUCUCCUCUUUCUCUUCCCCUCCAGAUUCUUAUUUCCCCAAACCUUCACCCCCUCCCUCCACCACUGGGCAGUCGCUCCCACUUCUUCUCCAGCUGACUGCCUAUUACUAUUCCUGCGCCGUAUAACUAUCACUACUCCCAUCCAUCCAGUCAUCCUAUAAGCAAUUGCUUCAAUUCAAUUGACUUGACUCAUCACCACACUACACCCAUUCAUACCACAUCAGUAGCAAUUAGACUACUAGACUGUCAUCACAAUGGCCGUCACCGCCAUCGAUAUCAUGCCCAAAAAGCCCUCCUCAUCUCCUCUCUCCUCCAACAACCCCUCCAUGAAUAAGCGCUUGCCCCCUCUGGCCGACAGGACCUCCCUUUCCUACAAACUCACCACCCUGUCCCGUCAGAAACUCGCCCGGGAGGCCACCGCUCCCGACCCGGACAUUCGUCGCUGCCUUGGUCACUUCCGUCUGCACUGCAUGUCCAUGGAAUGGACCCAGAAGGACAUGUCGACGCGCAUCAACUCGUUCGACCUGGAGGAUGACGAGUCCGAGAGUGAGGAGGAGGACCGCGACGAUGAAGACAAGAAGGGUCCCGAGGACCGCAAGGAUGAGGACCAGGACCGCCAGUCCUCUUCCAAGAACAACGAGUCGGCUGAGAAGACCUCGGAGCCUGAGAAGACUACCGUCCAGGUUACCUUCCAUGUGUCUGCUCCUGCAUCGGCCCCUCAGACAUCUACCGACAAAGAAGAGAAGGAGGAGAGCCUCCUCGAAAAGGGUCGCAAUUGUCUCGAGAAGACCGUCCAGAGGAAAAACUUCUGGCCUUCUCCUGGCCAGUGCCUGCCUGUGCGCAUUGCCGGCUGAGUCGCUAUAAUGCGACACAUUUCAUUCUACCUAUCGACAUUCUCAUCUCCUCGCCACAUCCCAUCUCAUUCUUACAACUCAUUUCUUCACCACCUACCACCAACAUCAACACCACCACACCGAAACACAUAAUUCUAAUAAUCCUCCCUUACGAUGUCAACGAAAUUACGAAUCUCCUACCGUCUUAAUCUCAUUCGCUCAUACAUACUUGGCGGAGUCAACAAGCGACUCACUGAUUGGUUUUACUUUGCUAGCUUGGAGUUGGUGCGAAGGUUAAUCAGUAUUACUAUCAUCAUCAUAACAUCAUCAUCGGAGUUCAACCAUGUUAGAAGGAAUACGGAAAGGGAAAGCAAAAAGGAAAGGAACCUUGGAACGGAUAACCAACAUGUAUUUAGUUAAAAGCACAACAAUUGAAUUAAACUACCCACAUCA